AUGAAGGCCGCUUUCGUUGCUGUUGCUUUCGCCGCUCUGGCUUCGGCUCAGACCCGCGCUGAUAUCCCCUCGUGCGCUCUGCCCUGCCUCGACGACGCCGUCAAGGCCAACACCAAGUGCUCCACCACCGACUACGCCUGCAUCUGCAAGGACUUCGACGCCGUCCAGGCCCAGGCCACUUCUUGUGUCAUCAGCAAGUGCGGCGCUGACGUUGCCAUCAGCAAGGUCCUGCCCGCUACCCAGGCUCUUUGCGCCGCCGCCGGCUCUGGCUCUUCUUCUGCUGCCAACACCACUCCCGCCCAGCAGACCACCUCUGCCGCUGAGACUUCUGCUGCCCAGUCCUCUGCCGCCAGCGCUCCCCCCAGCUCUGCUCCCGCCUCGACCACCAUUGUCGAGACCACCACUGCUGUCGAGACCACCACCGCUGUCCAGACCACCACUGCUGUCCAGACCACUGUUGUUCCCGUCGGCACUGGCACUGGCGUUCCUCCUCCCGCUGGCAACAAGACCACCACCGGUGCUCCCACUGCCCCCACCAACGGUGCUUCCACCAUCCUGCCCGGCCUCGCCUUCAUCGCCGCUCUCUGCGCCUUUGCCCUGUAA